CAACAUCCCACGUCAAGAAGCCCAUUCGAGUCACAGCACCUUGCGCCUCGACAACCACAGUCAAAAUGUCUAACGCUGAGCUGGCCACUUCCUACGCGGCGCUGAUCCUCGCCGACGACGGCGUUGAGAUCACCUCCGACAAGAUCCAGACCCUCAUCAAGGCCGCCAACGUCAACGACGUUGAGCCUAUCUGGUCCUCAUUAUUCGCCAAGGCUCUCGAGGGCAAGGAUGUGAAGGAGCUCCUCUCCGCCGUUGGCUCUGGCGGUGGUGCUGCUGCCCCUGCCGCUGGCGCCGCCGCCGCUGCCCCUGGUGCUGCUGCUGAGGAGACCAAGGAGGAGGCCAAGAAGGAGGAGGAGAAGGAAGAGUCGGACGAGGACAUGGGUUUCGGUCUCUUCGACUAAGCUGGCUUCGACUCGGGCAAGGCGUGGUGUUGACUCCUCGGAUUCCCUUUGUUCUUCCAAAACUUGCAUGGAUUUGCGGCGGCUUUUCGCACACACGACCACAGGGAUGGAGGCUAUGAUAUUGGGGGUCCGGGUUCAUCGGCGUAGCUUUACAUGGAAUCUGAAGAUGCGCUUUUGAACGACUGUGGUAGGGUUCGAUCAGCGCAAGCCGACCGAUCCCAUGGGACCGGUGAUGAAGGCCCCAUCAGGGCAACUCCUCGGAGUCGCGGUUCUGGCAGGUUUGGCUAGGCCCGUAUGCUUCGGAAUAUGCCACACCGCAAUGGAAAGCCGUAAUCCGAGUUCUAAUGUGGUCGGCAGCUUGAAGGUGCUCUUCAUCGAAAAGCCAGAUAUGCAAGGCCCUUGGAGCCACCUUUCCCAACUUU